UUUCCAUCGCGCCACGUGGUCACAUACGACCUACGCCAUCACCAUGAUCCCCAACACCAUCCUUAUGUAAAUGUCAUGUACAUCAAAAGGAAAAAAUGAAUGAGAUGCUUUGAGGCUUAGAGCUAUCAUCUCUCAGUUUCAGAACAACCCUUCCCUUCUCUCUCUCUCUCUCUAUCUAUCGCCAUUUUCAGGACUACCAUGUCAUGUAAACAGAGAGCUCCUCUUGCUUAGACUCUCUCUCACUUCUCAUUUAAUAAAACCAAAUAAAAACAAAAACCCUUAAAACACUGUGAGAGGAGAGAGCUCGAAUUUUCAAUCUUUUUUAUUUUUAUUUUUCGGUCUCAAAAGGGAAAGAGAGAGGAAGAAGAAAGAGGAGAGAGGAAUUAUGGCAGUGGUUGAGAAUCUCGAGAAUGCUGGGGUGGAGUUGGGGAAGACCGUGGGGUCCGCCUCAGCGAAUCGGAACCCGGAGGUUACGACGGAGCAGCCAUCGGCGGCUGCUGCUGGUGUUGCCGUGACAUCCAACGAUCAGGAUCAGUCCUCGGCCAAGCACGGGCCUUUACGGCAGCGGCUCGAGGCGGCUCUACAGCAGCAGCAGUACGCGAUGGUAAACGGGAACCAGAACGGUCAGCUGAGCUUCGAUCAUCACCAGCAGCGAUCUAACGACGAGAUGAACGGCGGGGAUCACCACGACGUGGGGGACAGCUUCAAUCGGGACAUGAGGGAGCUGAGGGAGCUCUUCUCUAAGCUCAACCCCAUGGCGGAGGAGUUUGUGCCUCCCUCACAUGCUAACAACAACCAUGGAAUCAGCGGUGGGUUUGUUGACUUCACCGCACUGAUGAUGCAGAAUGGAAACAGAAUCGGACAAAUUAACGGUGGUGGUUUUCCCGGCCGACGAAGGAAUAAUCAAGGAAAGAGGAGAAUGAACAGCAGGACCAGUCUAGCCCAGCGAGAAGAUAGAAUUCGAAGGACUGUGUAUGUGUCUGACAUUGAUCAACAGGUCACUGAGGAACAGCUCGCAGCGCUAUUCAUUACUUGUGGGCAGGUUGUUGACUGUCGAAUUUGUGGUGACCCGAAUUCUGUACUCCGUUUUGCCUUUAUCGAGUUCACUGAUGAAGAAGGUGCAAGGGCUGCUUUGAGUCUUGCCGGGACAAUGCUUGGGUUCUACCCUGUGAGGGUGUUGCCUUCUAAGACAGCUAUUGCACCUGUUAACCCAACAUUCUUGCCUCGGACUGAAGAUGAACGUGAGAUGUGUGCAAGAACGAUAUACUGUACAAAUAUUGACAAGAAGGUUUCUCAAGCUGAUGUUAAGCUCUUUUUUGAAUCAGUUUGUGGAGAGGUUUAUCGUCUGAGGCUGCUGGGAGACUAUCACCACUCCACUCGUAUUGCAUUUGUUGAGUUUGUGAUGGCUGAAAGUGCAAUUGCUGCUCUCAACUGUAGUGGUGUGGUUUUGGGAUCAUUGCCAAUCAGGGUAAGUCCAUCCAAGACACCUGUUCGUCCACGCGCUCCUCGCCUUCCCAUACAUUGAUUCAUCUUUGGCAUCCAAGACUGAUUUACAGUUCCGGUUUAAAUAUAUUUAAAUACACACAACUAUGUAAAGAUGUUCUCCAUGCCUCUGGUCGUUCCUGGUUUAUCUUAUACCUGUCCUUGGCUUGAUAUAGCCUUGGAUCUUUUGUUCCCUUAGAGGUUUAUUAUGUUGUUAUCUGGAAUAUAGAGUUGGACAAGAACUUGAGGCUGCACAUGAUUUCAUGUAUUAUUGUCCAUUUUGGGUUGUGGUCUUUUCCCAAAGACUAAACUCUUCAAAGUAGUUCCUGACAUAUGAAGACCCUUUUAACAGUCCUUUUGUAAGUUAAUUAAAUGGUUCUUUCGUUAAUGAGUGGUUUAUUAAGCUUGCUCAUUUAUAUUAA